UAUCAUUUUCAUAAUUCAUAUGAGCUCAUAAGCUCAAUGUGUUGUUGACAACCAAAAAGAAGAAGCAGCGUGUCUUAAAUAUGUGGGUUAUUGAAUUUUGUUUGAUUUGGUGGUUAAUGGAGCAUCCACGUCACUCUCUCCAUCUAACUUUUGUUUUCAAUUUCCAACUCUUGUUUGUGAAUCAUCAUCGAUCACAUUUCAUUCAUUCAUUCAUUCAUUCAAGAAAAUAAACCAAUUAAGUAAUGCAACAGUGAAGACGAAGUUUUUAAGGAUUCAAAAAACGCAGAAACAAUGAGAAGAAGAAUAUGGAAUCUUCUCUUCAAUUCACCAUUCCCAACCUCCAACUUCCGCUUCACUGCGUCUCGUUAUUACUGCUCCGAUCCAUCACGCAUUCUCAACCAUAACCGUCCAGGACCGCUUGUACAGUACAAAAAUCUUGUUAAUCAAGGAAAGUUGCAACAUGAUCCUUACCAAGAAACUGUUGCUACAGAGCUUCAGAAUUUGUUAGCAAGGUUGGAGAAUUAUGAGAGACAAAUGGAAGAGUAUCAUGUUAAUUUAUCUAAAUGGGAGAACAGUAGGGAGAACGAGCGGCGGAGGAUUCUUACCGAGGAAGUUGAGAAGCAACAGAACGUCGAGGAUUGGUGGAGGCGUUUGAAUAAUAAAAUCACUGAAAGAUGGACGACGAACUCUAGGAAGAGGCCAGAUAAUGUGGAUCCAGGGGUAGGAAAAUGGGUGUCGUAUCUUAAACGUGAGAAGAAGUUGGAUUCACUAGUUGGUCGCCGACCAACUGCUCCUCCAGCUCCCAAAGGACUUUACAUAUAUGGCAAUGUGGGCAGUGGGAAGACAAUGCUGAUGGACAUGUUUUAUAGUGCCACUGAAGGAAUAGUUAAACAUCGAAGAAGGUAUCACUUUCACGAGGCCAUGCUUAGAAUAAAUGAACAUAUGCACAAGAUAUGGAAGAAACAAAUGGAAGAGAAGCCUUUGCAGUCGGGCAUUGCUGGUUGGAUUAUGAAUCUUCCCUUUGACACUAAAGCUAAAGAGUGGCUGGCUGCAGAAGAAAGAUACAAGCAAGAGGUACAGAUGAAAAACAUUCUUCCAGCUGUAGCAGAUAAGUUUUUUCUGGAUCGAGAAGGGGACGAAAAGGGAGCUAACAUUUUGUGCUUUGAUGAGAUACAGACUGUUGAUGUAUUUGCUAUUGUGGCUUUAUCUGGAAUUCUAAGCAGAUUGUUGAGUAGUGGAACUAUUAUUGUGGCUACAAGUAAUCGAGCACCUAAGGAUUUGAAUGAGGCUGGUAUGGUACCGGAAUUCUUCCAAAACCUUCUCUCCAAUUUGGAAAAGCAUUGUGAGACAGUGUUGGUAGGCAGUGAAAUUGACUACCGCCGUUUUAUUGCACAAAGAUCAGUAAACCGGGUAAACUAUUUGUGGCCUAUUGAAAGGGAAACAAUCAAUGAAUUUGAGAAAAAGUGGCACAAUGCAACAGGCACAUUUGGAGGAAAAAUAAUCCCCGACACCAUCUCAGUGAUGUUUGGAAGGACACUUGAGGUUCCUGAAAGUUGUGGGGGAGUUGCUCGCUUUACAUUUGACUAUCUCUGUGGUCGGCCGUUGGGUGCAGCAGAUUAUAUUGCAGUAGCGGAAAACUAUCAUACUGUUUUCAUAUCUGAUAUUCCAGUGAUGAGUAUGCGCAUUCGUGACAAGGCACGGAGAUUUAUCACUCUUAUUGACGAGUUAUACAAUCAUCAUUCUUGUCUAUGUUGCUUGGCAUCCUCUUCAAUUGACGAUUUAUUUCAAGGAACUGAGGAGGGCACACUUUUUGACUUGGAGAGUUUCCAGUUUGAAACAGAGGCUGAAGGCGGGAAACUUCGCCGGGAUGUCUUAGCAGAAGGCAACGUGGGCACAGGAGGUACCCCUGUUGGCAUCACAUCCAUACUAUCUGGUCAGGAAGAGCUGUUUACUUUUCAGAGAGCUGUCUCGCGCCUGAUUGAAAUGCAAACUCCAUUAUACUUGGAUGGAGUCGGUAAUGUCCACCCUUAUUUUCAGAGGCAACAUAAAAAAAUUCAAAAAAAAAUUGUGACGGCUUACUGUCCGAGUCAUCAUUAAAUUGAAAGUAAGCUUUUCUUUUCUAUUCUACUAAGAAAAUUAUUUUCUGAUGCCAAAUAGACUUUUAUACACUUGAUGUAGAUAUUCAGACAAUGAAUACUUAUUAUCAGCAAUAAGCACAAGUAUACAAGUGAUCAAGCUAAUGGAUAUUAGUAUUGACUACUGAAUUUGUUUAUUCACUACAGCUAUCUUAAAUAAUGCAGCGAUGCAUGAUAAAUUGUAUCUUUUUUACUCAAAUAAAUUGUAUUUUUGAGAAAGUUAUUAAUGUACAGAUGCUCAAAGAUCCAAUCUUAUCUGAGUAGUUGUUAGCUGUUAUGAACUUAUGAUUGAUCAAGUUAAAUAAUAAUUCCUGUCAUUUUGUCAAAUUGGUGUGUAAUUUUAAAGACAAGCAAAAAGUGACUUAUGAAAUGUUUACAGUUGUAUCAUAUCAUAA